ACUUUUAUCAUCUCCCUUUCUUCCUCGCUGUCAUCUCUCUUUCCUGACCAUCUUGUUCUUUUUCCUGGUUCUUCUGAAAUCUCACAACCUUGCACUCACUCCAGCUUAAGAUUAAAACCAUAGGGGUGUAACAGAACUUAACAAGACGAAGGGAAAUGAAUCUCUCCAUGAAAGCUGCAAGGCCAUGCACAUUUCCAGCCACAACCACACAGACACCCAUGCCUAGCAAGCACGUUUCUAUCUGUUGCUGCACCAUCGCUCAGCCGGUCGUCAGACCACUCAAGAAGUCCAUAGAUAGCCAAAGGGUGAAGAGCUGGGAACAUCUGCUCGACCCUGUUGACUACAACCAAACAGCUUCCCUGUUCACGUCUAAAGCUGUUAAAAUCGGCAAUAGAUGGGAGCAGUACCAAGGAAUCCAAAACUGGGAAGGUCUACUUGAUCCAUUGGACGAAAAUUUGCGAGGCGAAAUUCUUCGAUACGGGUUUUUCGUUGAAGCCGCAUAUAGGUCCUUUGACUUCGACUCCUCCUCGCCAACAUAUGCAACAUGCCGCUAUCCCAAAAGCACAUUUCUAGACCGUUCCGGGCUACCCGAAACCGGUUAUCGACUAACCCGAAAUUUACGUGCGACAUCAGGAAUCCAGUUGCCACGUUGGGUUGAAAAAGCACCAAGUUGGGUGGCAACUCAGUCCAGCUGGAUUGGUUACGUGGCAGUUUGUCAGGACAAAGAGGAAAUCGCCAGGCUGGGUCGAAGAGAUGUGGUGAUUGCUUACAGAGGCACCGCUACUGGCCUCGAAUGGCUGGAAAAUCUACGCGCUACCCUGACUCCCCUCCCCAAUGCUGACUCCAAACCUGGUCCUGACGGUUCGGAACCCAUGGUGGAAAGUGGGUUCUUGAGCCUUUACACUUCAGGAACCGCCGAGUCACCGAGUCUACAAGAAAUGAUCCGUGAAGAGAUCUUACGGUUGCUCCAAACAUACGGCGACGAGCCUCUUAGCUUAACCAUCACAGGGCACAGUCUUGGAGCGGCUCUGGCCACGCUCACAGCUUAUGACAUAAAAACCACCUUCAAACGUGCUCCACUCGUGACUGUCAUGUCCUUCGGAGGUCCACGUGUCGGAAACAGGAGCUUCCGUCGCCAGCUAGAAAAACAAGGCACUAAAGUGUUAAGAAUAGUGAACUCGGAUGAUCUGAUAACCAAAGUACCUGGCUUCGUACUGGAAGAAGAUGCUGACGUGUCAAAAAGCCAAGACAUCCACGUGGCGGGCUUGCCUAGCUGGAUCCAGAAGCGAGUCGAGGACACCCAGUGGGUCUAUGCGGAGGUAGGCAGAGAGCUCAGGCUCCGCAGCAGAGACUCUCCGUACCUUAACACUAUCAACGUUGCCACGUGUCACGAGCUCAAGACCUACCUCCAUUUGGUCAGCGGAUUCGUGAGCUCCACGUGUCCAUUCCGAGCCACCGUGAGCAGAGUCCUCGACUACCAUAACCGAGGGCAAGCCACGGCGUAAAAAUAAGGAAAAAACUUCAAAAAAAAAGAACUUCUGACCCGUCCUUACAUACGGUGCGGACAGUAGCAAAAUAGUUUCGUGUACAUAGCUAACGUGUAUCUUUCCCCGCCAAUUGCGGGAUGGCCACAUCCCCUCAAUUCUUUUGUAGCAAAACAAUAGGUCCUCCACGUCAGCUUCUGAGUUUC